AUGAAUGUCCGGUGUCCUCCCAGCAUGACCAGAGUGUUGCACCAGUGGGGCCUGAAAAAUGAGAUCGAUGAAAUGGCGCAGGUUUGCGACAGAAUCAACUGGUACUCUGGUCCCAAUGCCGAACCACUGGGUUCACUUAUUCUCGAACACUUCGUCAGAGAUGUCGCGGCCAACCUUUGUUUCCUUGAGCAUGGACGACUGCAUGACUUGUUCCUCAAGUUGGCUAAGAACCAAGGAGUGGAUAUCAAAUACAAUUCGAGGGUAAUAGGCGCCGACUCAGAAACAGGCUAUGUGUCGUUGGAGAAUGGCGAACAGGUGUAUGGUGAUGUAAUUAUAGCCGCAGAUGGUUAUAACAGCGCCAUGCGUGAUAUUGUUGUGGGAGAGGAGAACAACACGAAUCCGGAGAAAACGCUCAUUUUGUCGUUUGGCUUGCCAUCCUGUGUGUUACAAGGCGAUCCAGAGCUACAAUCGGUCGUGGAUUCUAAUGCAACGUCGUAUUGGCUUGGAGAUGGUUAUUUCUGUGUUGGAAAUUUGCUAAACAAAGACCGUGAUUUCGCUGGGGUGGUAUCUCAGAAAUAUAGCGGUUCACGAGAAGUCGGCGACUGGACCACAGCUGAGGAUAUCGGUCAAACUAACAUUGAUUUUGGGAAACUGGACACAAGGGCAAGCGUAGACAGCCUGGUAUGCGAAAAUUCAAGAAUAGCUCUUGUCGGGGGCGCCGCGCAUCCGUUACUGUAUGGUGCCAACCACAAUCACGCACUGGGAUUUGAAGAUGCCCAAGCACUCGGAUGCCUGUUCUCGCGGUUGCAAUGCAAAGACCAAGUUUCACAGCUCUUGACGGCUUACAACGAGAUCCGACAACCAUGGUCCCAAUUUGCUCUCGCGCACACAUAUAGACACCAUCAGCUGCUGAGGCUCCCUGUCGGCCCGGAACAGCAGGCGAGGGACGCGUUGAUGCGCCCGACGAUGAGGCGUCUGGGCGAUGCCGCCGCCGCCGCCGCCGUGCCGGACGGCAGUAUCGACGAGCCGCUGUUCAGGCGCGUGUGGGGAGGGGAUUUGCAGCUGUUCGCGUAUGAUGCGAGAGAGAGGGUGGAGGACUGGUGGAGCAAAUGGGGGGCGUCUAUUGUGAAGAAGUCGAGUAUGGCCACCUUGGUCGUGCCCCGGGUGCAGGUUUCGGUGUCGACCAAGACGGAGUGA